CUUGUUCAGCCAUCUAUUUCAAAAUUGCUUACAUGUUGCCUUCCAGAGGAAUUCAGAAGUACACAAGGAGGACGAUUCUAGACUUCAGAAAAAAAAGCCUAGGACAUUGAUGCUGUAUGAAUUCUUCAGUGCUGUAUAGGGUCUUUGAGAGGGGUAGGCUGCUGGCCAGCUACUUCUAAAUCAGACACACCUUUGGGUUGGGCUAUUUUGGAAACUAAGUACUUGAUGAGGCUCAAGGUAUGGUCACUUGCUAGGGACAAGUGAUUUUAUUUUGUGUUUUUACAUGUACUUUGAUCACCUGACACAGCUGAUGGACAGUCUCCUCUGUAAGUAACAGGCUGAGGACGUAGGAGUGCUGGCUUGUAGUGAGCCUUCCCUGACUUUUUUUCUAAGUAGGGAUUGCUGGCUUUCAGAUAGCUCCUGAAGAGAGAAAAAGGGGUGUGAUAUGGGGGUACCUUUAUUCGGGGACAGUAUGCCCUUUUAUUUCCGGAUUUGGAAUGUACUAAGUCAGAAGUUGCAAGGCAAAAAAUCAUGGGAUAAACAUCUGGAUGAAACCUACUUACUACAGCAAAAAAGGAUCUGGGAAUCCCCACUCCUUCAGGCUGCCAAAGAGAACAAUCUCCCAGCCAUUAGGAAACUUCUCACUGACAGAACAUGUGAUAUAUAUCAGAGAGGUGCAGUGGGAGAGACUGCCCUUCAUGUAGCUACUUUGUAUGAUAACGUGGAAGCAGCAGUGACUCUGAUGGAAGCAGCUCCUGACCUCAUCAAUGAGAGGAUGACAUCAGAUCUCUAUGAAGGGCAGACAGCUCUCCACAUUGCAGCAGUGAACCAGAACAUCGCUUUGGUGAAGGCUUUACUCAAGAGAGGGGCCAAUGCCUGUACAGCACGGGCCACUGGGCACUUCUUCAGACGCAGCUCCCAGAAUCUUCUCUAUUUUGGAGAGCAUGUUUUAUCAUUUGCUGCCUGUGUGGGAAAUGAGGAAAUUGUACGGUUGCUCAUUGAAAAUGGAGCUGACAUCAGAGCUCAAGAUUAUCUGGGUAACACUGUUCUUCACAUCCUCGUUCACCAACCUAAUAAGACGUUUGCUUGCCACAUGUACAGCCUGAUACUUUCCUAUGACAGGAACAAAGAAGGACCAGGAUCGCUUGAAUUGAUUCCUAACAAUGAGGGGCUUACUCCAUUCAAACUGGCUGGAACUGAGGGCAACACUGUGAUGUUUCAAUACCUUAUGCAGAAGCGGAAGCACAAUCUCUGGUCCUUUGGUCCCUUGACAACUGUGCUCUAUGAUCUCACAGAAAUUGAUUCCUGGGCUGAAGAUCAGUCCUUCCUUGAGCUCAUUGUCUCAACCAAGAAGAGAGAGGCACGCCAGAUCUUGGACCUAACACCUGUGAAAGAGCUGGUGAGCUUGAAGUGGAAUAUGUAUGGUCGUCCCUAUUUCUGUUUCCUGGCUUUAUUCUACAUACUCUACAUGGUCUGCUUCACUAUGUGCUGUGUCUACCGACCUCUGAAACCCCGAACAAGCAACAAGACAAGCAGCAGAGAUAAUACAAUCUAUGUCCAGAAAAUGCUGCAGGAAUCAUAUACGACAUAUGAGGAUCAGCUGAGGCUAGUUGGGGAGCUGAUCACAGUCAUUGGAGCUGUAGUAAUUUUGGUCCUUGAGAUCCCAGAUAUUCUUAGAGUUGGAGCAGCAAAAUACUUUGGACAAACCAUCUUAGGAGGGCCUUUCCACAUAAUUGUCAUCACAUAUGCUUGUAUGAUUCUAGUAACCAUGGUAAUGCGUCUCACCAGCACAACUGGUGAGGUGGUGCCCAUGUCCUUUGCCCUGGUGCUAGGAUGGUGUAAUGUCAUGUACUUUGCACGAGGCUUCCAAAUGCUUGGACCUUUUACCAUCAUGAUCCAGAAGAUGAUAUUUGGAGAUCUUAUGCGCUUUUGCUGGCUCAUGGCUGUGGUGAUACUAGGUUUUGCAUCAGCUUUUUACAUCAUAUUCCAGACAGAGAACCCUGAAAACCUUGGGCAGUUCUACAACUAUCCCAUGUCCUUGUUCACCACCUUUGAGCUGUUCCUCACUAUCAUUGAUGGCCCUGCAAACUAUGAUGUCGAUCUGCCCUUCAUGUACAGCGUGGUAUACUUUGCCUUCGCCAUCAUUGCUACCCUUCUUAUGCUCAACUUAUUGAUUGCCAUGAUGGGUGACACCCACUGGAGAGUGGCCCACGAGCGGGAUGAACUCUGGAGAGCCCAGGUUGUCGCUACAACUGUCAUGCUGGAGCGGAAACUGCCUCGGUGUCUCUGGCCUCGAUCUGGAAUCUGUGGGCAGGAGUAUGGGCUAGGAGACAGAUGGUAUCUCAGAGUUGAAGACAGGGCUGAUCCCAACAAACACAAGAUGAUGCGGUACACAGAAGCAUUUAAGUCUCAGGACACGGAUAACUAUGACAAAGAUUUGGGAAAAUUAGAAAUCAAUAGGGACAUGCUGUACAAGAAGGAACCGUCUGCUCUAUCAUUGUCACGGAGCACAUCCAGGACUAGUUGUCACCGUGGUUGGGAGAUCCUGAGACACAACACCUUCCACCAUCUUCGUGGAGAGGUCGGUCCAGGAGAGGAGGUCUACGAUGUCUAAGCCACCUCUUUUAUUACUCCACAACACGGAUAAUUUUUGCCACAACAGUUCUCUUCUCCAACUGUUCAUACACAGUCCAACAUGAUGCACUAAUUCACCUGGAACUUUCCUGGUGAAUAGUUUAUGAACAAUUCAUGGUAUCUAUGCUAUGAUAUAUAAAUUUCUCUUCUACAUUUAGGUGUCUCCACUAUUAAGCAGAUAUUUUGCAUAGAGCUGUUGGGCUUGUUUUGCUAAGAUCUGUAGUGGUUUGUCAUGCUUUGUAAUGCCCUACAAAAAUAAGCAAAAGAAGCUAUAAAUGUGAUUUCAUCCAUUUACACAGAAGUGAUUAGUAAGCCCUCUCCCAGAUUGUUAAAUACAGUAUAAUCUCUCCCUUCAGUUUCAGAAAAUCCCAAUGCUCUCGUAGCAAAGAGAAAUGACUAAGUUGUUUUAUGAUUUGUAUGGAACUGAAACUCCAUUUCUGUAACUAAGCUCAGGAAUGAAGGUACUUACUGACACUGUGAUGAUUAAAAGGACUCUUAAUUAUGAAGCUGGUAUUCAGGGCCUGACAGAUUUUGCUUUCUGAAGAAAGCCAGUCUCUACUAGCUGCAUUUUCAACAGUGCUAUUUUAGCAAGGAUGUUUUGGUUUUGGUUUGGUUUGGGGUUUUAUUGGUGAUGGAGUUUUGUUGGUUUGAUUUAUUUUAUUGUCUCAUGAAUGCACUUUAAACUUUUGAAAAGAAGUGAUUGCUAUUCCUAGGAGGAUUCUGAAGGAUCUGAAGUGGGAAUUUAUUUUCCUAACGAGAGUAUGUAUGACAUGGUUAGGUGACUUUCAUCAGUACAAAACUUCCUCAGAGCCACUAAUCUCCCAAGUCAGCUGAAUCUGGUCUUUUCUUUUCUAUGUAAGAGUAAGAUUCUGAACCAUAGUUCUCUGAUGUAUAACUGAGCCAUCAAGGUUGAGUGGUGAACUACAAUAUGGCUCUAAAAGAAAUGAGUAGAAGAAUAAGAGAUACUGCAGAGGUAGUUCAGAAACUGAUGCUCGCUUUCUCUCUCUCUCUCUCUCUCUCUCUCUCUCUGAAAGUCUAAAACUAUCCCAUGAACAACCGAGUCAGGUUCCCUUCCAGGCACAACUUUUAAGAAAAAUGGAGACAUUUUCACAGAAACAGACUAUCAUUUCAGGUUUUUUUUUUUUUUGUAUUCUCAGGCGUGUGGAGUUUCAUUCCAAUAUCAGACGUGAAAAGCAAUUCAUGGUCUUAACAUUUCCAUCCAAUGGGAAUAACAACAGAAACUUUGGGUUUUUAACAAAUCAACAAAUCUAGCGCUAGAUUUAAGUGAAAUCACCCUGUGAUAAUCAAAGCAGAUAACAAAAAAGCUGAAUACAGUAGAUUUCUGAUUUUAUUGAAAUAUCACACCAAAUAUCUACAUCUCUCUUGCAAGUGCUAUAAUGAGCAUCAUGAUCUUUGCAAUAUUUUGUGUUUAUUUCUCAUACUUGAAUGUGUAUUUAUGCUCCAAUGGAAGACUGACAAAAGACUGGAUACUUUUCAGUUGACUAGUUUCUUUGAACUGUGUGUUGCCUGGUCUCACUUACUUAAGUCUUUCCCUAAACUAUAGAUCACUGGUUCAAACCUCAACAGAGAUGUGAUCAAUGUGGUAUAUUAACCAGAACUGUCUUGCUGCUCUAAUUUUCUUUAAUAGAUGGAUUUUCUUUAAUAGAGAAUAGGAAAUAGCAUCAAGGGGAGAACUGAUGUCUUCCUCCUCCUCCUGUAAAAUAGUAUUUUUUUCACCAAUUUGAAAACCUGCAGAAAUACAAUUAAGAUAGAGCUACAUAUAGCCAUUCCUACAAAAAGGCUCCAGUUUGUGGUGAUGAUUAUGAUAACAUUUUAAAAGAUAGUUUGAAGCAUAAGGUGUGUAAGCCCUGGUCCACUUUUGUGUUCUUCAUUGCUACUAACAACAAGAAUUUUGAUCUUAGAGCUCAAAACAACAUACUUAUAUUACAGAAGGCAGACUAGAACACAAUUAGCAGUGCUAGGCCUUUAUGGAUUUCUUUAUCCAUAUCCAUAAAAAGAAAAGAAAAAAACCCAGUAGCAGAUAUUUUUAAGGAAAUGCCUUCUCUUAUGAAAUUACAUUCUGUCAUAGUUAACUUUCAAACUCCUUGCACAGAACAGCAUCAUAUAUGAGUUUAUUUCCUUGUCUUUAGAGUUGCCCAAUGUAAAUAAGAUAGAGAAUCACAGACGCAAAGAAUGGUUUGGGUUGGCAGGUCCAACCCCUUUGCAAUGAGUAGAAAAAUCUUCAACUAGAUCUGGUUCCUCAAAGCCCCAACCAACCUGACCUUGACCAUUUCCAUUUUCCAAUGUUUCCAGAGGUGCGCAUUUACCACCUCUCUGGGCAACCUAUUCCAGUGUUUCACCUCUCAUCAUAAAAAAUUUCUUCCUGACUGCUAUUGGAAUUGGCUUCUUGCAUAUUAAUUUAAAAAAUCCUUGAAAAUGAUUUUAUGCAAAAGGAGGCAGAGUACUUCAGCUAUAGUAAAUUAUUCCCCAUCCACCUUUGCAUAUUUUUUUUUGUUGAUGAUGGGUGGUGCAGCUUGUUUCUGGCAUAAUUUAUUUGAUCUGGAGGAUAAACAGCUGUAGAAGAAAAUUUGAAGUGGGAGAAGACAGCAAAUAUAAUGGGCACACCAGAAGUUGAAAAUUUCAAAUUUAAUACGUACAUGUAGACUACGUAACCUCUUCCAUUAGGACAUAUACACAAGUUGUACCAAUGUGAACCUCAAAUGAUGAAUUAAUAGGAGGCACUAGACUAACAUUUUUGCUAGUUCAAUGCAAUCUGUCUCAGACUUGAAAACUGCAAUGACUACAGUUACACAAAGGCAAAGUACUUUUGCUGCAAUAUUCCAUAUGAGUGUGCUGCUUCAGGAUUUGCUUCAUUUUUUUAUGUUUUGUGAUGUAGCUAUAUCAUAACAUUCUGAAAAAGUAUUUAUUGCUGCUCCCUGCUGGUGCAAGGUGUCUUUUUCUCUUAACAAUAUUGCAAGAAUUUCAAACCAGACAUUCCUCCCCUCCUUGAAACUGCUAACUUCCAACUAUCUUCUACAUUACUGAAAUAACUUCUGAGUUUAUGAUAUGAUAAGAAUGAAUGUUUUGAUCCAGUUGCUUGUAGCAAAAUAAGAAGUAUUUUGCUGAAAAUAAGUACACUGUCUGCUUAUUUUUGUCUACAAUAGAUAUCAUGGACCGAUGUUUGGUAGCAAUCACAACAAUUAAUUGACAAAUUGUUUGGGUUGUUAUGUUUGGGUUUAUCUCAAUCUUUUUUUGUUAAAUCUCUUUUUUCCGCAGCAAGCCUCAUCAGAAAUUUCUUUAUACAAAAUUAUUGUAGUGUUUCAAUACUGAUUUACAAUUCAAAAUAUCAAGGAUCUUAUUUUUUUUCAAGUAAUUGAAUGUUUAAUGAAAAAUGCAGUACAAGCUCUUUGUAGAAAAGGCCAUAUUCUCAUGUUGGUGGAGUGACCUAUUUUGGAAAGUGAAACAAUACUCCUUGCUUGCAAUAACUCUAUGUACCUAUGUGCAUCUUUUUCUCAAUAAUAAACAUGCAAAACA